AUGGAGAAGCCCCGCUCGAUCCAGCGGAAGGUUGCUGACAUCGUCUUCAAAAUUGUGGGGGACGAUGUAGGAGUAGGCACAGAGGCCGCAGACACAGGUACCCCCAGCGACGAAGGUAUGGGGGAGGAGAGGCAGGAGAUGGCUCCCCUGGUGAAUGAACUCCGGGCAACACCGUCGAGUUGGAUAGCGACAAACGACAAGACGGAGAUGCAUCCAACAUGCGCAGCCUCAAUCGUCCACACAGUGGUUAUCUCUGAGCUGUUUUCCAGACACUCCAAUGCUCAGCAGGCCUGGACACACACCAGCCCUCCCCCGCAGGGUACACAACAAACAAGCCCUGCCACGCAGGGUACACAACAAACCAGCCCUCCCCCGCAGUGUACACAACAAACCAGCCCUCCCCCGCAGGGUACACAACAAACCAACCCUCCCCCGCAGGGUACACAACAAACCAGCCCUCCCCCGCAGGGUACACAACAAACCAGCCCUGCCACGCAGGGUACACAACACACCAGCCCUCCCCCGCAGGGUACCCAAUGCACCAGCCGUCCCCAGCAGGUUACACAACACACCAGCCCUCCCCCGCAGGGUACACUACACACCAGCCCUCCCCCGCAGGGUACACUACACACCAGCCCUCCCCCGCAGGGUACACUACACACCAGCCCUCCACCGCAGGGUACACAACACACCAGCCCUCCGCCGCAGGGUACACAACGCACCAGCCGUCCCCAGCAGGGUACACAACAAACCAGCCCUGCCACGCAGGGUACACAACACACCAGCCCUCCCCCGCAGGGUACACAACACACCAGCCCUCCCCAGCAGGGUACACUACACACCAGCCCUCCCCAGCAGGGUACACUACACACCAGCACUCCCCAGCAGGGUACACUACACACCAGCCCUCCCCCGCAGGGUACACUACACACCAGCCCUCCCCCGCAGGGUUCACUACACACCAGCCCUCCCCCGCAGGGUACACUACACACCAGCCCUCCCCUGCAGGGUACACUACACACCAGCCCUCCCCCGCUGGGUACACAACACACCAGCCCUCCCCCGCAGGGUACACUACACACCAGCCCUCCCCCGCAGGGUACACAACACACCAGCCCUCAUACUCAAGGGUAA